GAGAAGGCCGAGGCCCCCGCGCCAAAGGUGUCUGUGGUGUCCGGCUACAGCCGAGCAUUCAAUGGCUCCGGAAAGCCCAUCGACAAGGGGCCUUCCGUCUUGGCAGAGGAUUUUCUGGACAUCAACGGGGCGCCUCUAAAUCCCAAGUCCCGCGUCUACCCCAAGGAGAUGAUCCAGACUGGAAUCAGUGCCAUCGACACCAUGAACUCCGUGGUGCGUGGGCAGAAGCUGCCGCUUUUCUCCGUGUGCCGACAGGCAUCGCUGGUCAAGGGAAAGGAUGUCCUGGACUCAGCUUUCGUUGAGGCUGAGUCGGUUUCAAGCUUGCGCUGGUUGGCAUAUAUGCGGCACAGUGACCGCCUGGACUGUGAGGGUCGCACCUGGCCUGAUGCCUCCGAUCGGCCCUACGACACGCCAAUUUGCAACAAGGAGUUGCCCGUGGAGGCCACCAGGUGUUUGAAGGAUCAAUUGCCGGAGGGGGUGACGGUGUGUGCGGUGGUGAGCUCGCCCUUCCGCCGGUGCCUGGAGACUGCGGUGCUCGCAGCCCGGGAGCUCGAUGUAAAGGCACUGCACGUGGACAACCGACUGGGGGCACUGAUGGCCGCCGUGGCUCGGGAUUGCGGUGGCCCGGCUGGACUGGAGGCCCUGGGGGGCCUGCGCUACAUGCCCUUCGAGGAGGCCGCUGCGAGUGCGGAGGGUGCUGGCCUGCGGCUUCACUGGGAUCCCUCUGCAAAUGUUCCCGCGCUAAACGAAAGUGCAGAUGAUAUCAUAUUUCGCAUAGAUGCAGGAGCGGCGAUUGCAAGAAGUGUGCUGGGCAGAGAAUCCAGCUCCAGUGCCUGCGUGCUGCUGGUGACACAUGCAGACCUGCUGAUGCAGCGUCUAUCUAAACUCUUGCCAGGGAGCAUCUGGGCGCCUGAGACCUGUGGCUGGUUCGUGGAAUGUUUGCACGAUCAUACCGUGCCCAGCAUGCAUCGGUUGGAGCGCAUUCUGUGA